AUUCUUCAACAUAGAAGAACGUUUGUGGGAGCGAAAGUUAAAAAAAUAAACACAAAAUGUCGGAAGAAUAUCUAAAAAUUGUUUUUAGUCCGGAAACUAAAAUAUGGAAAUCGGUUAACUAUCCCUAUGAGGAUUUGACCAAAAUUCCUUUGGGUGAACAAUUCUUGAAAACUAUGCGCUCAAUUGAUUCGAAUAAAGUAAUCGAUUAUUUCUAUGACAAAGAUCUAAGUAAAACAGCCAAAGAAGUUUACGAACAGUCAAUUGUCAUCGCUUUGAAUCUAAGGCGUAUGGGUAUAAAAAAGGGCGAUGCCAUUGCCCUAUAUACCAUGAACAAUGAAUGGGUGUCAGUGUUGACAUUGGGAUGCAUUUUAGUGGGUGCUGUGCCUUACUUCUGUGAAGUUCACUUGGAUCAUGUAUCCCAGGCCCAGCUGUUUGAUAUAGUUCACCCUUCAAUUGUAUUCUACGAAGAGAAAUAUCUGUCGAAUAUCGAAGCAAGCCUUGAAUGUGUUCAUCUUGACAAACUGCCCCAGCUACUAGCCAUCGAUAGCAGACAGCUGACAAAUAUUCAUGAUGACCUCCUCAAGCCACCACAAGCUAACAUAGAUUUUUCAAAUUUCGAAAGUGUUAAAAUCCACAACACUCAAGAGGAAGUUGGCAUACUGGCUCUGACAUCCGGUUCCACUGGCAUACCAAAAGUAGUUCAAAUCACCCAUGCCCUUCUAAGCCAUGGCAUCUGCAUAUGGUGGGAUAAUGAACUGAACUAUGAGCCAUUGACUGCUUUGAAUUCCAGUGCAGUGGUCUUUUCCUUUAGUCCUUUGCGUUGGAUUAGCCAGGUUGCGGUGCUGCUUCAGUCCAUGCUAUUUGGUUUGAAACGUGUAAGUUCGUGUGGCGCUCCCACCGGCAAAUAUGGAUUUGAACUUUUACGCAAUAGCGAUGUAACGCAUAUAUUUGUGGCACCCUCCAUAUUCUAUGAAAUAAUUUUGCAAAUGGAUCCCAACGAUGUGGCAAGUUUAGCUAGCCUUAAGCUGAUACAGUUGGGAGGAGAACCACCCUCGAAGAUUGUAUUGGAAAUGGCCAGACGUUUGGCAGUGAAUGCCCGAACUUUUCAAUCAUAUGGCAUGACAGAAAUGAGUUCUUGCAUUUGCAUUGAUGAGCUUAUAAAUGGUGGAAAGCCCUUGCCGGGAUACGAACUACAAAUAUUGGAUGAUGAUUGCCAGCCAUUGGGUCCCAAUCAAGCUGGGCAAAUUGCCGUGAGGCCCCCAUUUCCACUGAAGGGAUAUUUGGCCAUAGACAAUAAGCCUUAUUACAAUAAACAAGGAUUUUUUAUUAAUGGUGAUUAUGGCCUGAUGGAUGAUCAGCACAAAUUGCAUAUUUUGGCCAGAUACAAGGACCUCAUAAGAGCAAAUGGAGAGUUGAUUAUACCCAAUUCCUUAGAAUAUUCUCUUAUCAAUCUACCGGAAAUCUAUGUGGCCCGCUUAGCUAGUUAUAAAGUAACUCCGGAGGAUGUCAAUGAAAUUGGUUCCCUUUUUGUUGUACUCAACUCAAAUGUUUCCCUAACGCAUGAGGAAAUGUCCAGGAAAAUAAGGGAUACCCUGAGUGUGGAACUGAAUCCCAAACAAUUGGCCAUUAUUCAGCACAUCCACUAUGUUGAUUCUGUACCCUUGACAACAUGUGGCAAAAUAGAUCGAGUGGCAUUGAAAAAAUUAGCUUUAAGUAAACAAAACUGAAUAAUCUCUAA